UAAAUGCGAGGCUUCCGUUCGACGAGUGUGCGUAGCGGUAAGAGAGUGCGUAAUAAGCGCACCGUAGACAGACAGUUGUUCGCACCGCGGCGACGUCGCCGUCGCCGCCGUCACUGAACGAGGCGUCCCCGGACCGUCAACAUGCCGCUCAGCAUCGGCGUUAACCUGCGGGUGACCGGCCACUGCAAUCAGGGCGGCCGCAAGUACAUGGAGGACAUGUUUUGCGUGGCGUUCCAGCCGACACCGGACGACAAGGAUCUGGAAUACGCGUUCUUCGGGAUCUUCGACGGCCACGGUGGCGGGGAGGCCGCGACCUUCGCCAAGGAACACCUCAUGGACAUUAUCGUGAAGCAGAAGAACUUCUGGAGCGACCGCGACGAGGAUGUGCUGCGGGCGAUCAGGGACGGAUACAUGAACACGCACUACGCGAUGUGGCGGGAGCUCGACAAAUGGCCGAGAACUGCAUCCGGACUGCCGUCCACGGCCGGCACGACCGCCAGCAUAGCCUUUAUACGAAAGGGCAAGAUAUACAUCGGUCACGUGGGAGAUUCGGCUAUUAUAUUGGGCUACCAGGCAGAGGGCGAUCCCCAGUGGAAGGCGAAGGCACUGACGAAGGACCACAAGCCGGAGAGCGGACCGGAGAUGACGCGCAUACAGGAGUCGGGUGGGAAAGUGGUCAGUAAAUCCGGCGUCCCGAGGGUGGUGUGGAAUAGACCUCGUAUCGGGCACAAAGGCCCGGUUCGAAGAUCCACUCACAUGGAUGAGAUUCCGUUCCUCGCAGUAGCCAGAUCUCUAGGUGAUUUAUGGAGUUACAAUUCCGAAUUGAACACUUUUGUUGUCUCUCCCGAGCCGGAUGUGAAGGUCAUUCCAGUCGACGUUAAGUCACACCGUUGUCUCAUUUUUGGAACCGACGGCCUAUGGAAUAUGUUAUCGCCGCAAUCUGCAGUAGGCAUUGUUCAAACCACGGACAGGCACAAUGAGAAGCACUUGAUAGCCUCUCAACAGACCGGUGGACAGACUGACUUACAAAUGUGGAUAAAUCCUUCGAAAAGUCUUGUGGAUCGUGCAUUGGAGAGGUGGUCGUCGACGAGAUUACGGGCGGAUAAUACCAGUGUUGUAACCCUGAUGUUGGAUCCCUCAGGACCAUGCCGCAGUGAGGUACUGUUUAAUCAAAAGAAGGAUCGUGUUAUACAUCACGGAACACACACGCCAGUAACGACAAAAGAGCCUGAAAACGUCGAGGAAAUCAGUCCGAAAGUUCCAUCUUCGUGCAUGCCAAUACCGCCGCCGAGCGCAAUGUCGAUAGAACUUGAUCUCAAACAGCCGGACUCGUCGAACGGAAAUGAGGAGGCUGUCGAUCACACGUCACAGCCGGAGAUGGUCUCGUGUCCCGAAAACUCAAUUUUGUCGGAGAUUGAUACCACGUCGGAAUUACAAGAGUCCGCGAUAGACAAGAGCGUCGAGGCCGCCGAUACCGGCGAGAGUAUCCAGGUCGCCGAGAUCUCCUCCAGUCAGAUGCCAGAGGAGCCCGGAGAUCCGGAAAGUAAGAAAGCAGCUGAAACCAAUCACGAGAAAUUGGAACAUCUCGAGAAGGAAAACAAGGAAGUGGCGGAACAGAAUGAAAACGAAGAGAAAGCGAAGAGUGACCAGGCGCAGACUCCGAUCCAAUCAAACCCGAAAUCGAAUAAGUUCGUCGUCGAGCCUAAAGAAAUCGUAACCGAGACGGGAGUGUUUAACUUGACGCGACAGAAUGCUUUUUCCGGGGCGAACGAGGAGGCGCUUCAACCUGCUCCCCUCGUGAGCAGCAGGCUACGUCGAAGCGGCAUCGUUUCCGUCAAGACCAACAGUUUCGACGGUGACGAGGCGGUGAAGAAUGGCGUUUUGAACGGAUCUAGACACAAGCAGCACCCUUUAUUUCCCGCGAGGGGGCCGGACGUCGGAACGAUAAAGCGUCGGCACAGUUUGAGCUCGUCCCAGGCGCAGAACGCUUUCGCCGACGUCACGCCGACAGCUCCUCCGGACUCGAAGACCUAUGUGAGCGUGAAGUCGCGGUACAGCAGAAUGACGAAGCCGUCUGUCGCGGGAGGCGCGGCGAUGGUGGAGGAGACGACGAAGGGCCCGUCGAAGACGGCCGGGGACUGCCCCAUGAGCAACAACAAGCGCAGGCACAGCGCGAUCACGCAGGCAUCGGUCUCGUCGAUCGGAGUUGAGAACGGCGGCUGCGCGCAGCAAGAGCCGUGCGCGAAGAGGAGGACGCGUUCCGAGGACCAACGGCACAGUCCCACGGACGAGAACGACCCGGCCAAUCAGGCGAUGGAGAACGCCAACGCCCGAUUGAGUUGGCCCGCGUCGGACAGACGAUCGGACUCGUCAUUGAACGGCGCCACUCUAACGACGCUCUCCUCAUCGUCGAACACGUUCCAGCGUAGGAGUUUAGGCAAAAAGGCUACGCCUGUUAAAGCCAUUAGGAGAUCGUCCAUAAACGGUUCGACACGACUGCAACAUCUAAGAGGUAGUUUCGGCCUAAGGGAUUGGGACCAAGGAAGGAAUAACCGAGCGAGCAGCUGUAACAGUAGAAGGACAUUAAAUAGGACAGUAACGAUAGUCGGUCCUACGGAUUCGACGAUACCGCAGCGAUGGUUAAGAUCAGACACAAUGGCGGCAACGCCUGUGAAAACUUUACGUUCGCGUAACGUAGACAUCGCCGGACACACAAUAUCCGCGCAAUUAGUUCACCAGUACGGAGUAGUGAAGCAAAAUCGAUUGCCUCUACCGAACAAGUUGAAGCAGUCAGCGAGCGGUGGAGCGCUUCAAUCGAGUAGAGUCAGGUCUUCCUCGUUGUCAGCCAGUAAACUUAAACAAGCGAACGGUAACGGUGGAAGCGUGAGUACUUGCGCGACCAUAAAUCCCUCGGCAGCUGGUUCCACUUCUGGCAUAGCUAAGAAAGUCAAAUCACCGUAUAAUCCUAGUGCUCGUUCCCUGAGCACGCGAUCUCGAAUCAAACGUCUUGGAAAGUAAGGAAGGAUAGUAAGGAAGGAAAGAUUGAACGGCUAGUAGUUUUACGAAUUCGCGAAUUUUAGGGUAUGCCAACUUUUACCCUUAUUUUACUAUUCUUUGAAUCAUUUAAAAAAUUUCAAAUUUAUUUUACUUUAUUCCGCGAAUCUUAUCUAGUUACGGCAUAUAAAAGCGAUUGUUACAGGCAUUUUAUGUUUUCUAAAAAAAAAACUUUCCCCCUACUUUUAAUCUUUGAAAACCUAUUACGUCUAUUAUUCUCUUUUAAUUGAGAUGUCUUUACUAUGAAUGGGGCCUGAGCACGAUAAGUUAUUUUUUUAUUUCAUUAUUAGAGAAUAAAAUCAGAUAUAUGUAUAAAUUAAUUAAGUAUCGUAGAAUUUUAUUUUAGGUAUGUGUUGAAAAUUUCGUAUCACGAUCUAUACCUACGUAAACACCAUAUAUCUGCUUGCGAUGAUUACUAUUGGUUUAUUUUAUUGAAUGCGUAUUGUGUAUUUUGUUAUUGAAAUUAUUUACACUUACUUUUUAUGUUCCGUAUAAUUCCGUACAUGAAGUGCAUAUGUCUUUCGUUUUAUAAUUGCUUGCUGCAUGGAAAUAAAUUGCUGCGCUCUCCCAUUCUAUUCAUUAAACAUGGUUCAUUAAUUCCUUUACGAAGGAUACUGCGAUAUCGUUUGGAAUGGACUAAAAGAAAUUGAACUAGUCACUCUCUUUGAAAAGAUUAUUAUUCGAAAUUUUCUAUAUAUGUAGCUUACAAGACUGUGCUUUCGGAAUUUCUGAAAGAAGAUUAUAUCGUUCUCUCCUAUAUGUAUAUAUAGGCGGAUAUAUUAAAUGCAAAUUUAACAAAGUGUUCUUACGUUUAAGUCGAGUCAAUUGGCCCACGAGGAAGCACAGUUGAAGGGACGAAAUUGUAAGUCAUUAUUCACGAGAAAUUUAUAUUAAAAUGUGCGAAGAAAACAAAAUAUUCCCGAUCUUUUGUAUACUUUCCAAUAUUCGCGUAGAUUAGCGAGUCUCAUGUAGGACAAAAAAAAUAUGAAAGUAUAUUAUGAGUGUACGCGUAAAGAGUAGCCUGACAAUAAGAAAGGUACGGUUGCAUUGUGAAAGAACCUGGUGUCCCGUAUGCAUAUCUCUCACAUUUGCACAUUCUCAGUGAUAACUAUUGUUUGCGAUCUCUACCUUCGACCGUACGAGGCGGCCAAACACACGCAGCAGUAGGGCUAAACACGGAAAAUGAAUGCGCGGCUGUGCACACGUGUAUUCCUAAGAAAUAAUUCUCCCUCCCCACCCCCCCACCCCUCUCCCUCUCUUUCUAAUUCCGCUUGACGAUCGCUAUGAUAGGUCUUCGGCGAUGGGCUCGGGAAAGAAUUCGCAAGAGUAAAAAAGGCACCGUAUUUAGGAGAAUACUUAACGAUUAAGCAUUAAACUAUUUUCUAGGUAUAUGUAGGAUACGCAAUCACACUGAUCUGCCUUGGCCGAGUGCGGAGUGGUUGUUGAACAGUUGCAAAUAAGAAUUACAAGCGAGAAUUAAUAUAUGGUUGAGAAUAAUUGGCAGCCUCUACCUUUGCGAGUUCAUUACAUUGCGAUUCGAUUAUAUUGAUUCGAUAGAUAUUAAACUGUUGCGUAGAUAAAUAAUGAGGAAGAAAGGAUUUAAAUCCUUAUCUCUGGAAAAAAGAUUUCCAGAGGCGUCACUCCAUGGUCUCGAAUAAAAACGACCACUCGGUACGAAGCACCAAACGACUGUUUACUGUGCGUUAUAAAAAGUUUAGAUUAUAUUUAGACGGAAUAUAUUUAAAAGCACAGCUUAUAAAAAAAAAAAGAAAGCAAUCGAGGGAAUUCGAGUUUCUGUCGGUACGAACAAUUGUACAACAAUUGUGUUCCAAAUGCAAACGUGCACUAUCAUACUAGUGAUCUAUAAUAAUAAUUAAGUCAACAGAAGUGGGAAAGAUUUAUAUCUGAUAUGUAUAGAUAUAUAUAUAUAUAUCUGACAUUAAUAUAUAUUAUAUACACAUAUAGAUAUAUAUUGCAUAUUAAUAUCAGAAUAUAAAGUACAGCUUAUAUACAAUCUUCAGUCUUUCACAUAGAGUCAUUUUAUCUCGUGCAAAAAAAUUGAGGACAAUUCAGGAUGAAUAUCCAUUUGAUUUUGUUACGGAAAUUACGCAGAAUGCGUUUAUUUCAACAGUAUAUAAAAAUCCGCUGUUUGACUCGCUUGUUACGAAUGUAUAUAUCAUCUUCCUGACUUGUUUGAAUUACUUUUGCAUCUAUCGAGAGGAGUAUUUUAGAGCAAUUUGACACAAGGAUCAGUAACAGAGAGUACAUAUACCUUUCGGAAUGUAGUGACUUUAGAAUUUAUAUACGUUUCUACGGAAAAAGAAAAAGAAAACAAUGAGAAAAUAAUGAAAUAUAAUAAAGCGUAAAAUAUUAACCAUAUACAUUUAUCGAUAUUAUGUCGACUAUUUAUUAACUAGCUCUUAAAGGGAGAUUCCGCGAUUUUCCGUGUAAAUAACAUCGCGCAGAUAAUAUAUGCUUGAAGUAUAUGAUCGUUUGGGAGCUGCUUAGAGAGAAAUUAUCACUGCGAGAUGGCUGUAUAAAAAAAAAGGACGAGAGAGAAAGGAGGGAAAGGGAUGACGUGUGCCUACAAUAGUUACCACUCGCGAACGUGUGUGUGCGUGUGCGCGUGUGUGUAUGCGUGUGUGUGGUGUGUCUAGAUAAGGGAUUACAUCUCUCUGAGGAAAGUUUCAAAGUAAGGUGUGAUGUUUUGCGAGGGGCAGGACUGAGAAUUACGCGAGUUACCGAGGGAAGAGACGAGUGUGUUACGGCGAAGAUUUAUUUUAAGAUAUUUAUCCUUUUUGGUGCAUGCCCAAUUAAGGUCCUUACGCUGCAUGUAAAUACAGUGUUAAUAGACAUAUAUAAUUAUAUAUAUAUAUGAGCACACAGAGAAAUUGUAUAGAUAAAAUCUAAGUGAUUACGGCAGAGAAAAAGAGGAGCAAGAGGCGCCCUGGUUUUAAACGUUCGUCUGUUAUAAUGAAACAAAUUACGGGGGAGGCGAAUGUAAAAGAUCGAAUCUAUCCCUGUGCGCCCGUAGAUUUAUCAUUUGUUACAACGUAGAGUUACGAUGAGACCGAGUAUUUUUUAAGAGGUGAAGAAUAAAAAGAGUUUAUGGCGUAAAGCGCGAGAGGAGAGACGAGGAGGGAAACUGUUAGUGAGAAGAAAUAUAUAGCGAUUUAUCUCAGGUUAAGAGAAUUUGUCCGGCGGGUGGGAGGGGAGGGGUGGGGUAGGAGAGAGAGGGAAUAGAUAUCGAAGGAACUCGAACAAAUGUGUGAUCACGUUUAUAUAAUCUGUAUAUUUUAAUUAAAUAAACUGAGAUAUACAAGUCCUAUUAUUAAACUGA